CGCAUUGCCAAUCAAAUGCUCACGGUCAGUGUUUUAUUGUGUAGCUUGCUUGAUGUUCAUAUACUCGACUCUUCGCUUCGCUACCUGCACAUACUUCCUCCAAAAGCGAGUUUACUGGGACUGCUCCAAGUGUUUUUAAAACAGUGUCUUGAUGCACACAAAAAGUCUGAACAAGAUGACCAAAAGCGUAUUAUAUAGAUAAGGAUAGUGUUCUCAAUGACAUGCUCUGUAAAGGUUUAAAUGCGU